AUGAUCACGCGCCGGAGUCCGCGCAACAGGAUCGCCGUGACGUGUUGGAGGCCGCUCAACAGGACCCAACCUUUCAACAGAAUAAAGGAAGAGAUCCCCAACCUGGCGCAGAUAUACCUCAUCGGGUUCUACGAGGAGCGGGAGUUCGCGCUCUACGUCUCCUCCAUCUCCAACGAGCUCAGGAUCCCUGUCAGGUACCUGAGGGAGGAUAAGCCACGCGGGUCAGCCGGAGGGCUCUACAGCUUCAGGGACUACAUCAUGGAGGACACUCCGGCACACAUUGUUUUGCUGAACUGUGACGUCUGUUCCAGCUUCCCCUUGCCAGACAUGCUCGAGGCCCAUAAAAAGUAUGGAGGCAUGGGCACUUUGCUAGUCAAUAAGGUAUCUGCGGAGUCAGCCAACCAAUUUGGCGAGUUAGUAGCUGACCCUGAAACAAAUGAACUGUUACACUAUACAGAAAAACCAGAGACUUUUGUGAGUGAUCUCAUAAAUUGUGGAGUCUAUAUAUUUACACCCAAGAUAUUACUUGCUAUCGAGGAUGUCCUAAAACAGAAGAAAGACAGAGCUAAUUUGCGCCGUGUAUCCAGCUUUGAAGCUCUUCAAUCAGCAACGAAGGCAAUUCCGGCAGAUUAUGUUAGGUUAGAUCAAGAUAUCUUAUCUCCUCUAGCAGGAAAGAAGGAACUUUACACAUACCAGACACUUGAUUUUUGGGAACAGAUCAAGACCCCAGGGAUGUCUUUGAGAUGCUCUGGCCUAUAUCUCUCCCAGUUCCGCCAUACCUCUCCUCAUCUUUUAGCAUCUGGAGAUGGCAAAAAGGGUGCCACUAUCGUAGGUGACGUAUACAUCCAUCCAUCUGCAAAGGUGCAUCUAACUGCAAAGAUUGGUCCCAAUGUUUCGAUAUCAGCAAAUGCACGCAUUGGAGCAGGUGCCAGGCUUAUCAGUUGCAUCAUUCUGGAUGAUGUUGAAAUUAUGGGUGAAGGUGACCACAAUGCCAAACUUGGUAUCACCAUUCUUGGUGAAGCCGUUGAUGUUGAAGAUGAAGUAGUUGUAACUAACAGUAUCGUGCUCCCAAAUAAAACUCUCAAUGCCAGUGUGCAAGAUGAGAUCAUCCUAUAA